UCAAAAGGCGGAGAGCCUCUGAAGGGACGAAACUGCUGGCGCACGGAAAAGUGGCGGGCGGUGUUUGCUGGAGUGAGCCGUCAUGUCAAACAAGGAAGUUAAAGCAGCUUUGAAAAGUGCCAGAGAUGCAAUAAGAAAUAAAGACUAUAAGGAAGCACUGAAGCACUGCAAGGCAGUAUUGAAGCAAGAAAAGAAUAACUACAAUGCCUGGGUAUUUAUUGGUUUGGCAGCUGCUGAGCUGGAACAGCCUGAUCAAGCCAAAGGUGCCUAUAAAAAGGCUACUGAACUUGAACCAGGACAGUUGCUUGCAUGGCAGGGCCUAGCUAAUUUGUAUGAAAAAACAAACCAUGUUGAUACCAGAGAGGAUUUGAUUAAUGUAUAUCAGAAAUUGCUGGAGCUCUAUGAAAGUACAGAUAGACAGAAAUGGUGUGAAGUAUGUAAAAAACUUGUGGAGCUGUAUCACCAAGAAAAAAAAUUCCUUCAGGUCGCUCGAUCUUGGCACAAGCUGAUAAAAAUAAGACAGGAAGAAGGUGUUGACAAUAAUGAACUUCACCAGCUGUGGCUGAGGUUGGUCCAGUUACUGGCAGAGUGUGCACAUUACCAAGACAAUGAAACACAGCAGUUGCUCCUUGGUGCAUUUGAACAGGCAAUAAAUUCUUCAGACUCAUAUCCACAUGAAGACCACCAGAAGCUUUACAGGGAGUUCAUCCAGUGUUUAUCAAAAUUUCCUCAUGAGUUUCCUAGACUGAAGAAGGCCUGUGAAGAUAUGGUUGUUUUAUAUCCUUCAGUGAGUUAUCCUUUGGAAGUUCUUUGCCUUCACUUCAUUCAAUCAGGCAGUUUCACCGAGGAGGCUCUUGACUAUUGUCACAAGCUUCUGGAUAUUGACUCUAGAAGUGGCCCAGCUCUCAUUGGUUUAGGGAUUCAGUCUCUUCAGGGAAAAAAAUAUGAAGAUGCUGACAAAAAUCUAACAGAAGGUUUGCAGCACACCAGUCAGUGUUCAAUAGGAUGGUGUUACUUAGGAGAAACACAGAUGAAAAUGCACAGAUUCAAAGAAGCUGUUCAUUCUUUCAAUCAAGCUCUUAAGACAUUGGGACAACUUAAUGAAACUGGUUCUAGUCAGCAAAAGAAGAACCUUGCUUAUCGCUUCAAGGCAGAGGCCCUGAUUAAAAUUUCAGGUGCUGACUCUGCAGAAGAAGCCUUAAAUUCCCUUGCUCAGAUUUUAGAUAUAAACAAUGAUCCCAAACUUAUAGCCCUUAAAGGACGGGCCUAUCUAAGUAAAGGACUUGCUAAUGAAGCUUUGAAGAUAGCAGAAGAGCUUACACUGGCACAUCCUCACUUGGCAGAAGCCCACUACCUUAAUGGAUUAAUUUAUUAUACACAAAAGAACUACCCCCAGGCAGAAACAAGUUUUCAGAGAGCUAUUGAAAAAGAAACCGAAGUAGCAGACUUUCAUUUCUCUCUGGGUCUCACUUACUGGUUCAUGAGCGAAGAUACAAGAAGAGAUAAAACCAAAGCUCUCACUCAGUUUCUGAAGGCAGCAAAACUGGACAAUUACCUGGGGAGUGCUUUCCGCUACUUAGGUCAAUACUACAGGGACAUAGCUGGUGAUAAAAACAGAGCCCUUGGCUGCUAUAAAAAGGCUUUUGAGAAAGACAGAAUGGAUGGAGAAGCUGGAGCAGCUGUAGUAGACUUAAGCACGGAGCUGGGAGACUUGGAAACUGCCCUUGCCGUCUUGACGGAGGUAACAGAAAGAGCAAGCGCAGGGAGAGCCAAAUGGGCCUGGCUCCGUCGUGGACUCUAUUACUUGAGAGCUGGUCAGCAUUCAGAAGCAGUGGCAGAUUUGCAGGCAGCUCUGCGAGCUGACCCAAAGGAUUCCAAUUGCUGGGAGUCUCUAGGAGAGGCAUAUCUGAGCAGAGGAGGCUACACAACAGCACUGAAGUCUUUCAGAAAAGCUCAAGAACUGAAUCCCGAGUCUAUAUAUAGUAUUUAUAAGGCUGCAGCAAUUGAGCAGAUUUUAGGAAGAUAUAAAAAUGCUAUAGCAGAAUACCAGCAUAUUCUGAAGAAAUCAAAAGAUUACGUCCCUGCUCUGAAAGGUCUGGGAGAAUGCUAUCUCAUGAUGGCCAAGAGUGCUUUUGGUGCUUAUCUGGAUGGCAAAGCUCUGGACUACUUAGAACAAUCUCUUCGUUUUUUAGCACAAGCGGCAAAGCAUCGUCCCGAAGUGUCUUGCCUUUGGAAACUGCUUGGAGAUGCCUGCAGUAGUGUGUGUGUAAUUUCCCCAUCCAAAGUGAAUGUGAAAGUUUUGGGAUUCCUUAUUGGUCAAAGUGUGGAUGAAUAUGUGCUAAAGAAAAGUGAUCUACUCAGUCUGGGAGGAAGGUGUUACGGCAGAGGAUUGAAAUUGAUGUCCUCACCAAACAUGUGGUGUGAUCUUGGGAUAAAUUACUACCAUCAAGCACAGCACCUUCUAGCAACAGGCAACAACAAGAACGAGAUCAGUGACCUGUUAGAAAAAUCUGUACAGUGUCUUAAAAAAGCUGUGAGACUAGAAAGUAAGAACCAUCUUUACUGGAAUGCCCUGGGUGUGGUGGCCUCUUGCAAAGGUGUUGGAAACUAUGCCCUUGCACAACAUGCUUUCAUUAAAUCUAUUCAAGCUGAACAAAUUAAUGUCGUUGCCUGGACCAAUUUGGGAGUCGUGUAUUUAACAAGUGGCAACAUAGAGCAAGCGCAUGAGGCCUUCAAAGUAGCACAGUCCCUCGAGCCCUCUUAUCUGACAUGUUGGAUUGGGCAGGCUCUCAUUGCAGAAAAGAUAGGCAGCUAUGAAACCAUGGACCUCUUCAGACACACCACUGAACUCAGCAUGCAUACUGAAGGGGCAAAAGGCUAUGCCCACUGGGUAUGCUCCACCCUACAAGAUAAAACCAACAGAAACACUGAAUUAUAUAGGUACAAUAUUCUUCAGAUGAAUGCAAUUGUUGCAGCACAAGUUGCUCUGACCAGAUACACAGAAAGAAUCCAGAAUGAUGCAUGUGCCUUCACAAUGCUUGGUUAUUUAAAUGAAUAUCUCCAACUGAAAAAACAGGCUGCAGAUGCAUAUCAAAGAGCAGUUAUGUUACUGAAGAAUUCUGAAGAUAAGGAUAAGUACAAUAUGGCAAUGAGAAAUUAUGGUAGAUCACAGUGUGCUCUAGGCCACUAUGAUGAUGCCAUUCAGGCCUAUUUGUCAACUGUUCUCACAGAGUUUGAUGAUAUUGUAGGAAUUGCUCAAGCGUACUUCAAAAAAGGCCUCUUCCCAGAAAGUCGAAAAGCUUAUGAAAGAGCGCUCUCUCUUGCUGACUGUGAGCAAGAUAAAGCAUAUAUCAUGACAGCUCUUGCAAUAAUGGAAUACAAGCAGAAUCAGGUGGAUGCUGCAAAGAGCCUCUUGUUUAAGUGUUCUUUAUUACAGGAACCGAAUAUGGAAAGUCUGCAAGCUCUGUGCACUUUAGGGCUGAUAAAGCAGGAUGCUACACUUGCAACAGCAGCACUUAAAGAAUUACUAAAGCACAGAGAAAGGAAAAAUAAUGUUUAUGAGAAGUGCUUUCUUACAUCUGCUGUGUUUGCACUACAAGGAAGAAAUGUAGCAGUCCAGAGACAAAUCUCCAAAGCUGUUCACAGCAACCCAGAUGAUCCUGGCUUGUGGUCCCUUCUGUCUCAACUGGUACCUCGGUAUACACCAAAAAAUGCAAAGGGUGGGGCUGUGGCAGGAACUAUUGCUCACAUACUUGGUUUAAACCAUGGGAAGAAAGCCUUGUUGAAUACAGCAGUUAAUCAAUUGGCGUUAGGCUAUCACACAGCUGAAGAUGUAAAGAAUAACGCACUGAAGAAUAUCCAGAAGGCAGCACAUCUUUCUCCUGAUGAUCCUGCUGCUUGGGCAGUGCUUCUGGCUGCCUGUCAUGCCGAAAAUACAAUAGUAUGUCUGCAUAAUACACAUCCCAAGAGGACAAAUCUGGAAAAGAUGUUUGUAGCCACCAUUUCAGCAAAAAUUAAAGAAAAGAGUUUUCCGGCUUCCCAUGCACAGUCUCUUGAAGAAUGGUCUCUUUUCCAGGCUAUUACGGGCUUAAAUGAUUCCGGGAGAACCUCGGAAGCAGAGGCUCUGUGCACAAAGGGGUUAAAAUGUUUCCCUGAGCAACCAGCGUUGUACUUGCUUUUAAGGCAAAUUCAGAGUAAACCGCUUCUGCAAUCUCACAAAGAGCUUCCUGAUGCCAUCUUGGAAGAGCUUCGAAAGGCCGUAAUGUCCAACUCUACUUCAGUUACAGCUUGGCAUUGGUUGGCACAAGUGUAUCAGUCUCAAAGAAUGAUGGUGGCUGCAGAGAUGUGUUACCGAAAAAGUCUGCAACUGGCAUCCCAGCAAAGCAGCUGGAGUGGAAAGCUCUCUAGUCUGCUAAGACUUGCUAAACUUGCUCUGGAAGUCUGCAUGGCUAAUGUUUCAAAUGAUCAUUGGCCAUCUUUGAUUCAAGAAGCCACAACGGAAGCCUUGAAACUUUCCUUGUGUCCAGUGGCUGUUCUUUUUCAAGCGCUACUACAGUACAGUUGCAAAAAGGGGUCAAGGGAAACUCGUCGCAUGCUAGAAAGGGUGGUCUAUCAACUGAGGUAUCCAGAAACUGUAGUGUCAGUUGCUCGAUGGUAUCUCCUGAGACAUUUAUACGCCAAAGAUGAUUAUGAAUUAAUCGAUGCUCUUAUAGGGAAUGCCAAAGCUAAUGGAGAUGUUCGAACUUUGGAACUAGACAAGAAACUGUCAGUAGCAGCAUCCUCUUAAUAUGAACUGAAUUGAGAACACGAACAGACAAGAUAUUCAUGACAACCCCCCAUCAAAGUAGCCUGUAUAAAAUCAAAGUUUUUCCUGGACUUUCUGACAUAUUUUAAAAGGAAGCUGCUGAUAAACUGCCCAGAAGUAAUUAAGUUGAUUUUCUUUUUAAUGUUAAGGAAAUUUGUAGAUUUUUACAGGAGUAUGCUUGCUCGGCAUCAGCUACAGUACAAAGUAGGGUACAUUUCUGUCUUUGAAACAUGGCCUUGGUGCUCUGUGCAUUAAGCAAAAUCAUUCAAACAUCCAGUGCCUAAAGCAGUGGAAGCUUUUGACAUGUGUACAUUUUCUUGCUAGGCUAAUCCUUCAGCAGCUUCCCAUACAAACAAAGUUGUAUUACAAUUUUGAGCUGUUGGAAAUGGAGGUAUACUGGCCUCCCUCUGGUAAUGUAAAUGUGCCGUAGUAAUCAUUUUUUAUUCUUCUCCCGCUUCUGCAAUUAUUAUUGCAAGAUUGCAAUAAUAUUUCAAAUUCCUUGAUCUCCAUAUUCACAGGAAAUUAAAAAUAAUGACUUUUCUUUGUCUCCUUUGAUCUUGUUCCAUGAAUAUCUCUCAAAAUUAUCAAUUACUGGAAAGUGAUGUGAGUGCUCACAUUAAAACAAGCGCUGGUUGGUUUGGAUUUCUGGUGCUCAAAUGCUGCUCUAAUUGCCAAACAUCAAGUUUCAGUUUGUUCUUGCAUCCUUAAUAUGCAUAAUGCAUUGUUUCUUUAGCAGUAAUUACUGGUGUAAAGUAAAUGUGGUUUUCUCAGGAAGUCUUUUUCAAUGGCUUUCCCCCAUUGGUCUUCUGGAGAAUUUAAUCAUUUAAACUCCAAGGCAGCAGAAUCUAAUUGUUCUGAGUCUUUAACGAACGUAAGGUUUUAUGAUUAACAUCAGCAUUUUUGCUUGUCAUUUUACUGAUACCUUAUUUUAUUGAUAUCAUAUUCAGGAAUGUAGCAAGGGGGCGGGAAGGGGCUUGAGCCCUGGACACUCAUUGGGCGAGGGUGAUGGCAGAGCCCCCUACCUUGAAUUUCUCACUGAGGAAGGGCUACUGAGGCCAUGCUGGGGUACCUAUAUACAAUCAGGGUAGGGGUACCAGAUCCUGGGCAGGGGAAUCCUCAGGGAUUCCAGGGGUGGGGGCCAAGCUUAGCAACCCUCACUGAGGAAGGGCUGCAGAGGCUGUGCUGGGAUGGCAAAGUUUGGAUGGGGAAAUCAUGAGGGUGAGGGUUCCCGCACAUGGUAUCCAGCAUGUUUGUUCCCCCCUCAGUGAGGAAGGAUGAGGAGGCCUCACUGGGGUGGCAGAAUCUGGACGGGGAGGUUUCCUCAGCUCAGAGAACCUGCCAAACUCUGUUUGUCUGCCUGACAUCUUUUCUGUCCCUUCCUUCCUUCCUUCCUUCCUUCCUUCCUUCCUUCCUUCCUUCCUUCCUUCCUUCCUUUUCCGCCUUCUUCCUUUCCUUCUAAUUAACACAAGAGUGAAGACUUUGCUGGGGCAGUGGAGUCCAGCCACGGGGGGUGGGUGGGGGGGAUGCAGUUUCAGUGUUUGCCCUGGGCACCAUUUGGUAACUAUACCUGUGAACAUAUUUGCUGAAUUAGAUGGCAUAAACUGAAAAGUGAUCAGUACCUUAGGAGAAACUGAACUUGACUUCAGAAAUUAUCUACAAGAUUUUUUAAUGUCAAUGUAAAUCCUUGAUGUAUUAAAAUGGUGCAUUGUGUGUUGUGCUGGCAUCUUGGCAAUCCUGCAUCCUGGAAAAAUGAACUAAAAGCCAUUGAUGUUGCAUGACUCGGGUGAAAUUUGAGAUACAAUUUUAGAAAAAUAUAUUUUAUAGCCUAAAAAUACAAACUGUUGCCCCUGUUCUUGUGCUUCCUCAUAAUUCUGAACUAAACUUCCUCUCCCUUGUUUCCCAAUUUUGUCACUCCUAGAAGGACAGAUAUAAAAUGUAAUACUGACUACUUUCUGCUGAUUUGAACGUUGUGGAGAGUUAGUAAGAAUUUGUCAUCUGUGGCACUUUUCCUUGCUGAAUGUUUCAAUAGAAGUAAAUUUAAUCCCCAAA